AGUGGUCAUCAUCAUACACGUGUUUCCUGUCCUGUGAGUCCUGUCGAUGGCUGAAAAGAAGACUCCCGUUGGCCAUGGAACGGGAAAGAAGCAACAACAGCAGCUUACAGGGCAACAUUCUUUUCAGAAGGACAGAUAUGGAAGAGCCGGUCAGUCUCACGGCUCUGAAAGUAUGAACUGGAGAGAACCGAAUUCCUCCUCGUCAAAUUCCUCUAAAUCAUUUUCUCCUCAAAUGUUUCAUUCGCCAUCAUCAACAUUCUCUCAAUAUAAAGACAUGCCACCAUCACAGGAUCAUAUUGAUAAUGUUGCUUUCUUGAGUUCACGUUGGCAAGCAAUUCCUUCGGAGCUUAAACGUACUCCUACUAGACAAAUGCCAUCUACUCAAUAACAAUUAUUAUUAAUCAAUAAUCACGCUAUGUUUGUUCUGAAAAAUUAAAUGAAUUGACACGUGUAUACACGUGACCCAUUUUCCGCAUAACUCCGUCCUUUUUGUAAAACUUGUCAACAUGGCUGCCAGAAGCGGAGUCAAGAAAAACGGUUUCCAGUUUUGGAAGGAGGACCUCGGUAGCCCAAAGCUAAUAGUAGCUCCAAUGGUAGACCAGUCUGAAUUGGCAUGGCGCCUGUUUAGUCGACAGCACGGUGCAGAGCUCUGCUACACACCCAUGAUGCACGCUUCCUUGUUUCGACAAAGCCCAAAAUACAGGAGAGAGAACUUUGCCACUUGUGCUGAAGACAGACCGCUGAUAGCUCAAUUUUGUGCUAAUGAUCCUCAAGUUCUUCUCGAGGCUGCACGAUAUGUCGAGGAAGAUUGUGAUGCUGUCGAUAUAAACCUUGGCUGUCCUCAGACCAUUGCUAAAAGAGGUCACUAUGGUGCUUUUUUACAAGACGAAUGGGAUCUCAUUGCCAAAAUGGUUAAUCUUCUUCAUUGUGAAUUAUCAGUUCCAGUGACUUGUAAAAUAAGAGUCUUUGAAGAUAUUGAUAAAACCGUUAGAUAUGCCAAAAUGCUUGAAUCAGCUGGUUGUCAGUUACUCACUGUUCAUGGAAGGACUAGGAGCCAGAAAGGCAUGUUGACCGGGAUAGCAAGUUGGGAGCACAUCAAAGCAGUGAAGGAGAAUUUGAGUAUUCCUGUAUUUGCUAAUGGUAACAUUAGGUUCCUUGAUGACGUUAAGAAAUGUCUUGACGAGACAAGAGUAGAGGGUGUGAUGUCAGCCGAGGGAAAUUUGUUUAACCCAGGAUUGUUCCAUGGAGAGCAGCUAGCCUGUUGGUCAGCUGUAGACGAGUAUUUGUCAUGGGUUAAGUUAUAUCCUCCGUCAAUCUCCAUCGUUAGAGGACAUCUUUUUAAACUAUGGCACCACGUUCUUCAGACUCCUGGUUAUGAUCAUUUCAGAGAUAAGAUUGCUACAGCUAAAACUAUAGAAGGAUUUGAAUUGGUUUCGUCAGAAUUGAAAUCAUUGCUACUGAGUAAUAUUACAGAGGAGGAGUUGAAGUCAGAAUAUUCUUGCACCAUUGGGAGCAUACCAUACUGGAGAUGCCAGCCAUAUGUUAGACCGAGCUGUGAUAUGAAGAGAUCAAGAGCUGCAGAUGGACCCUCUGACAAUGGUGGUCAAGCCACUCCAGCUAAUAGAAAAAAGAAAAGAAAGAAAGUGUCUGACUCAUCUCCACUUACUGGCAACAAGGAAGGAUCUGUGAAAAAACAAUGGAUGCUUUGUGUACUGUGUCGAACUCAUCCAAUGGGUUUAAAAUGCGUCAAUAAACUGUGUAAAAGAUGCUGUAAGAUAAAGAGUGCUCACGACCUUAUCGACUGUACUGGCCAUCGCCUUCUCUUUAAAACAAAAUUUGAAAAAAUGAAAGAGCAACAGCAAGACCAAUCUGUUCAAAUUGAAGAGCUUGCAACAGUCACUUAGUCAAUAAUUCCCCUUUGAGUUCUAAUGUCUAAUGAACCUGCUGAUUAUACAUUAUUCAUUAUUUUGUAUCUGUUUCUCGUAUUAUAAUAUUUAUUUAUUCAUUAUAUAGCAGCACAACAACAAUUAUA